GCGGUACCUUAUAUAUCAUAUUCUUGUGAGAUUUGUGUGCCGCCGCUCUUCACCGUCACAAACCACGAGAGUUUUGGGAUAAACCGCAAGGAGAAGCUGAAAAAUGGGUCGUGUACGUACCAAGACUGUUAAGAAAUCCUCAAGGGUGGUGAUCGAGAGGUACUAUGGGAAGAUGACUUUGGACUUUCACACGAACAAGAAGAUUUUGGAGGAAGUUGCCAUCAUUCCCUCCAAGCGUUUGAGGAACAAGAUUGCUGGGUUCUCUACUCACUUGAUGAAGCGUAUCCAGAAGGGACCAGUGAGGGGCAUUUCUUUGAAGUUGCAGGAGGAAGAACGUGAGCGUCGAAUGGACUUUGUGCCUGACGAGUCUGCUAUCAAGACUGAUUUGAUCGAGGUUGAUAAGGAGACCCUUGAAAUGCUUAAUGCUCUUGGCAUGGGUGAUCUUCCUGGUGUUGUUAAGGCGUCUGCUGAGCCACAGUCGGUGCCAUCUGGUCCUGGUUUUGGCAGGGGUGCUGGUGGCUUUAACAAGAGAUAUUAGAUGCAUUAUUCCAGCUAUCUUCAAUUCAUAGGAUAAUUUUGUUACACAAAUCUUUCUAGUUAUGUGGGUUCCUUUUGAAUUGUGCUUUAUAUUGAAUUGCAAUAUGUACUUUUGGGAUGCUUCAUGAUUAAGACUUGGUUAAAUUGCAAGUAUGCUUACUAAA